AUGGUGAGCAAAGCAAAGAAGAGCCGCCACCUCUCCUCCAAUCAUUUCUUCCUUCCUCCGUCCAUGAAGGAUUUCGCCUCGUGCUUCAGCGAGCACGCAGUAAAGGUGUCCGACACCUCCUGUUCCGGGAGCAGCAGCAGUGGCAACUCGUCGGCGGUCGACCACACCGCUGCCACCUCUGUCGUCAGCUCGGUUACCUCCCUGUACCGCACGAGGCUCUCGGCGCAGCGGGAGCUCCUCGUCAAGGUCACCUGGGCCAAGGGGCAGCUCAAUCCCCUUCUCUCAGUCGCCAUCGACGACGGCUCAUCGGCAAAUGGAUUGGAGGAGAAUUGCCAUCAAUUGAGAAAGAAGAAAGGGAGCAUAUCUUACAUCUCCGUCAGGAAUGGCGAGGUCGGGCUUCACUGGGACAUCUCAUCAGCAAACUUCGGGGCGGGUCCCGAGCCCAGCGACGGCUUCUACAUCGCAGUCGUGGUCGAUUCAGAGUUCGCGCUGUUGCUGGGAGAUCUGAGCGAGGAAUUCGCGAAGAGGUUCGAUGAGGGGGAGCUCAUGGUGGAGUGCUCGAUGGUUUUCCGGCGAGAGCAAGUGGUGGGCGACGCGGCGACCCACACGACGAGGGCGCGGUUCCGCGAGGGCGGGGAGGAGCACGAGAUAACGAUCCGGUGCAGGGGGGAGGGGUGGGACGCGAGGGAGUCGGAGCUGGCGGUGACGGUCGACAAGAAGCGGGUGGUGCACGCCCGGAGCCUGCGGUGGAACUUCCGGGGGAACCAGACGAUCUUCAUCGAUGGCGCGCCGGUGGAUAUGAUGUGGGACGUCCACGACUGGUGGUUCGGCGGCGGGUCGGCGGCCGUGUUCAUGUUCCGAGCGAGGAGCGCGUUGGAGAGCCGGCUGUGGCUAGAGGAGGAGAUGCUGUACCAAGAACGUGGCGCCGCCGGCUUCUCCCUCCUCAUACAAGCCUUCAAAACACCUUGA